AUGCCUCCCAGACCAAGUGUUAUCCACGUCGCAGAUGCCGAUGAGUCCACGGCCUCCGAGCAAGACGUGGGAGCAUCCGCAUCGCGGAGUCAUGGUGCCAUCUCGAGGAAACGGAAGCUCGGCCCUUUUGAUGAGGAGAAAGUCGAAUGGACAGACGACUCAGACGAGCCAACGCUGGACGCUUUCAGAAAGCGCAAGAAGAGCGACAUCGCGGCCGAACGUAAAGGGAAGGGCAAAGCUGGUGCAAAGGCAUCCUCGUCUGCGCCCAAACACAAAAUUGCAAAAGCUGCCGCAAAAAAGAAGCGCGCCGAUGGUUUGUCCUCAGGAGACGAAGACUCACUAGAACACGCUCUUCCUGGCUACCUGCAGGCGCGUCGCAGACAAUUCAAUGCCCGCGUCGAGAGACUGCGUGUCGCCGGACUGGUGCUUCCCCCAACCUACGAAGACAUCGAGUUCUCUGAAGAUGAAAGUUCAGGAGCACUCCAUGAGAAACCCCAGUUUGAUGAAAGAAGCGGGAUAAAGCCAAGCCGCCCACACAGGGAUAUUUUCCUUGAACAGUCGGCAGGUGUGAUACCUGCGUCGAUUGCGCAGUAUCUUCGUGACUACCAAGUCGAAGGUGUCAGAUUCCUCCACCGUCUCUUCGUCUACCAGGAAGGUGGUGUACUAGGAGAUGAUAUGGGUCUGGGGAAGACCGUGCAAGUGGCAGCGUUCCUUACGGCUAUGUUUGGCAAAACUGGGGAUCAGCGAGACGCAAAGAGAAUGAGAAAGCUCCGCAACACCAGUGGUCAUUGGUAUCCAAAAGUGCUCAUCGUGUGCCCAGGAUCCUUGACUCAGAACUGGAAACAAGAGCUGGACCGAUGGGGCUGGUGGGUCACUGACCUCUACCACGGAGCGAACAAAGACGACGUCCUGGGCACCGCAAGGGCCGGCAGGCUUGAAAUCAUGAUCACCACCUACACGACAUACAAAAACAAUUGUGACGCCGUAAAUCGGGUCGCCUGGGAUGUUGUAGUUGCUGACGAGUGUCACUGUCUCAAGGACAUCUCGGCAGAAGUGACGAGAGCCAUGAAUGACGUCAACGCCUUGUGUCGCAUCGGUUUGACAGGCACUGCGAUACAGAACAAAUAUGAAGAACUGUGGACAUUACUGAACUGGACCAACCCCGGGUUAUUUGGAACAAAGUCGGAGUGGACACACACGAUCAGUAAGCCAUUGACAAUCGGUCAAUCACACGAGGCUACAUUUCAGCAGCUCAGCAAGGCAAGAAGAACCGCCAAAAAGCUGGUGGAGAACCUCCUACCACAAUUCUUCCUGCGGCGAAUGAAGAGCCUGAUUGCCCACCAGUUACCCAAAAAGAGUGACAGAGUUGUAUUCUGUCCCCUGUCCGAGCUACAGCGCGAAGCCUAUGAGACCUUCCUGAAAAGUCCGUUGGCCCAGCUCGUGAAGACAGCAUACGAUUAUUGCGAUUGCGGUUCUCGGAAGAAAAGUGGAUGGUGCUGCUACACAGAGACUGACGAAGGGGAAUCGUGGAAAGCGCUCGUUUUCCCUCUAGUCAUGUCACUGCAGAAACUGUCAAGCCAUCUCACAUUGCUGAUCCCGUCGCAUUCAGAGACAGCCGAGAAGCAUCACCGGGACAUCCGGUAUCUAAAAGCCGCUAUGCCUAACAGGUGGAAGGAGCUCUAUAGUCAACGCGAUUCUUUGCUCAACCUGGCCAACCCCGAAUUCUGUGGCAAAUGGGCGGUUCUCAAGAAGCUGCUCAAGUACUGGCAUUCGAACGGGGACAAAGUUCUGGUCUUUUCUCACAGUGUCAGGCUAUUGAGGAUUCUCCAGCACCUGUUCAACAAUACCAGCUACAAUGUUAGCUAUCUUGACGGAUCUUUAUCGUAUGAAGAGCGGCAAAACACUGUAGACGACUUCAACUCAGAUCCCAAUCAAUUUGUGUUCCUGAUUUCUACAAAGGCGGGCGGUGUUGGUCUUAACAUCACAUCGGCCAACAAAGUCGUAAUUAUGGACCCUCAUUGGAAUCCGUCUUACGAUCUCCAAGCACAAGACCGUGCUUAUCGUAUUGGCCAGGUCCGAGAUGUCGAGGUUUACCGCUUGAUCUCUGCGGGGACCAUCGAGGAGAUUACCUACGCGAGACAGAUAUACAAGCAACAGCAAGCCAACAUCGGGUAUACUGCCUCGAACGAACGACGAUACUUCAAAGGAGUUCAAAACGAAGCCGGUCGGAAAGGCGAGAUCUUCGGGAUUAACAAUCUGUUCACUUUCCAUGCCGACCAGGUCAUGCUGAGGGACAUCGUCAACAAGACCAACAUUGCCGAAGCUCGAGCUGGAGUGAGCCUUAUGGAUGUGGAUAUGGAGAAGGCUGUGGAGGAUGCAUCCCAGAGUGGUUUGAUCAAAAGAGAGAAAGACGUUGAUAAUGGAGAUGGUGGGCUCGGCCAGUUGGCAGAAAUUCUCACUAACGAUGACAAGGCAACAAGCUCAGGCAAGAAACCGUCUCAGAAACGAAAGAGCGAUGUUGUACAAGCCAUUCUCGCAUCGGCGGGGGUGGAGUACACGCACGAGAACUCCGAAGUCGUUGGUUCCUCCAAGGUCGAGGAUCGCAUCUCGCGUCAAGCAGAACUUGAGGCCAGUCAAAACGUGGAUGCGACAGGCCGCGCCAUCUUCCUCGAUAGCCAGAACAUUGAUGGCUUCGAGGCAGGUUUGGAGGUCUCCUCGAGCUUCCAGUAUAACCCACCAGACGAUGUCAUGGAGCGACAGUUCUGCACUAUGGCGCAAACAUUCGGCUUUCCAAGUGCCACCGAGUUCGCGUUGGCUGUCGAGGGCAUGACCCAGGAGCAACGAAGGAACACGUUGGACUUAUUCUACAAGAAAAGACUUGAACGGCUGAAGGAGUCAGGCCUAGUGAAGUCAGAGCACGCAGACAGGCUCAAAGCUGAGGUCAAGCACAAUAUCAAAGAUGAAGUCAUUGAUGAAACCAAAGACGAGAUUAAGGGGGAUACUCCUCUGAAGUCAGUAAAGGAGGAAGAAGAGAGAACUCUGAUGGUGCCGCAAGGGGAUGCGCAACCAACAAGUCGGGAUGAGGUCUUCGACAGCAGCGUUCAAGUGAAGAGGGAAGAGCUGACAACCAUUUUGAACCCCAAAUCCUCGGCUUUGAUAUGGCUCUCGGAUGACGAUGAAACGGAUGAAUUGUGA